CCUCCCUCUCUCUCUCUCCCAGGGAGGGUGAGUAGUGUGAUCGGGUUACACAGCUCACUAUGGAUCAGCCAUGCACACAGCAGACCGCUGUAGCAGUAGAGGGGUGAGGGACAGGUCAGAAGAAGACUCCCAGGCGCUGCUUGUCUCUCUAUGGUCAGCCCCUGUAUCCUGGUGAUCCAUCCAUCCAUCCCAGACAUUAAUACACGGACUUUCCCCCAGAAGGAGUCUCCAUGGUAUCCCUAUAGAGUGGCAUGGUGAUGGCAUUCCUUGUAGCCUACACGUGAACUUGGACUCGAUGAAGUUCCCUGGUGGUCGUGGUGUUGGGCAGAGGAGCCAAGUUGGGCUGCAGUGAGUCUCCUCUGAUCGGUGUGGUGAGGGUGAUGGUCCCGGUUUAGGUCCCUGAGCUGGCUGUGUUGGCCAACCCCGCUGUUGUAGAUGCUCCUCGGGGCGUCCUGGUUGUGCACCUCUAAAGGACCACAGAAAUCAUCUAAAGGGGAGGAGGAGGAGAGGAGACGGGAGAGGAGAAGGGAGAGGAGAGAAGAAGGAGAAGAGAUGGAUGAGUCGUCUCUAUUGGAUUUAUUAGAGUGCUCGGUAUGUCUGGAGAGACUGGACACCACUGCCCGGGUCCUGCCAUGCCAGCACACCUUCUGCCGCCGCUGCCUGCAGAGUAUAGUGAGCUCCAGGAACGAGCUGCGCUGCCCGGAGUGCCGCAUACUGGUGGAGUGUGGAGUGGAUGAUUUACCGGCCAAUAUCUUACUGGUCCGCCUGCUGGAUGGCAUACGACAGAGACCUCGGAGUACCCCCACCGGGAGUCCUACAGCGAGCAGUAACAACAGCAACAACUGCGGGAGCCCGGGGUGCUCUGCGGCACCCCCACACCAUGCUGCCUGCACCCCGAGUCUGAGGGAUCUGGCUGCUGCCAGUCAGAAUGCCCUCCUGCUGGCCAAGAAUAUUUCUCAGUUGCCAUGUGGAAGAGCACUGUAUACCUAUGAAGGAAAGGAACCUGGGGAUCUGAAGUUCAACAAGGGUGACAUCAUUAUUCUGAGACGGAAGGUGGAUGAGAACUGGUAUCAUGGAGAGCUAAAUGGAAACCGUGGAUUCUUCCCUGCCAGCUACAUCCAGUGCAUCAAACCACUUAACCAGCCUCCUCCACAAGGAAAAGCACUUUAUGACUUUGAGAUCAAGGAUAAAGAUCAAGAUAAAGAUUGUUUAACAUUCACUAAGGAUGAAAUUCUGACUGUGAUUAGACGUGUUGAUGAUAACUGGGCAGAAGGAAUGUUGGGAGACAAGAUUGGCAUUUUUCCCAUUCUCUAUGUAGAGCUGAACAAGACAGCCAAACAACUCAUUGAGAAGGACAAGACAAGCAUAUCUACAGCACCAGGCUAUGAGGUCCCUAUCUCAAUUGAUGCCAGCAUGGUAGUCAGGGUGACCUCAAGUCCUCCUUUAAGCAGUACCGGAGCUGUCAGUGCUAACCAGAGGCAUAUGGACAUCAAGAAGAAUGCCAAGAAACGACACUCUUUCACAGCCCUCAGUAUGACGCACAAAUCCUCCCAUGCCAUGAAUAACAGGCAUUCCAUGGAAAUUAGUGCUCCAGUAUUGAUCAGUUCUAGUGAUCCCCGCGCUGCUGCCAGAAUCGGAGGCGUGGCUCAACUUUCAUCCAGUGCUCCAGUCCAGGAUUCUGCAACAUUUGGUACUUCGGCUGGAGCAGGAGCUUCAAGUCCCAAGACAAGUACACUUAAUGGAGAACAAGGGACCUCAGCAAAGGUUCAAUUACCUCUAAAUGUAUAUUUAGCCCUAUAUGCUUACAAGCCCCAGAAGAAUGAUGAGCUGGAGUUGCGUAAGGGAGAAAUGUACAGAGUCAUAGAAAAAUGCCAAGAUGGCUGGUUCAAAGGCACAUCCCUUCGGACUGGCACAUCUGGAGUUUUCCCAGGCAAUUACGUUACCCCAGUUUCUAGGAUGCCUGCUGGACUUCUCCAGGCAAGAAAUUGCGCUAUGGGAGUCCCGAUAGCAAGCAGAAGUUCUCCACACUCUUCACAUUCAUCCUCUCCUGGACUAACAAACUGCACAAAUGUUGUCAGGCCAAUGCUCCCUAUUACUGUACCUCAUCAGUCUCCAACAUCCUCUCAUAAUAGCUCCUCUAAGAUGUCUGCCCAGCAAUCUGCCAACCAUUCACGAAUCGCUAUGCACAUGGCUCACUCAUCAGCACAACCCCAAGAACGUCCCACAGCUACUGUAUCACCUUUAAGGACUCAAAAUUCUCCAUCACGACUCCCAGCUAGCCCAAACAGGCUACAAUCCAAUGUCUCUCCACAACAUAUGCAUCAACAGCAGCAGAUAUCUGUACAGACUUCCCCUGCAAUCCACUGUGCCAGAGCAAUCAUUCCUCUAACAUCAGCUGCAGCUGCCAUCACACCCCCAAAUGUUACUGCCGCCAACAUUAAUGGUGAUGCUCUCAAUGGACAAGUCAACUGCCUGCCUACUGGAAGCCCAUCCAAUACAGGCUGCAAAGCAGAAGAACGAAAGACUGAAAAAAGAGAGAAGAAAGGUGGGCUGCUGAAGCUGCUGGCUGGAGCCUCUGCAAAAAAAAAGGCCCGUUCUCCCCCAUCUAUCUCGCCAACACAUGACCCCCAAGCUAUUGUUGAAGGUGUAAUACAUGGAGCAGUAGGACUUGAGUUUUCUUUGACCAACCACGGAAGAGCUGGGUCAUGUCCUAUUGAAAGUGAAAUGCAAGGAGCAAUGGGAAUGCAUCCACUACACAGGAAAACGGGUUCUUUAGAUCUGAAUUUUUCUAUUUCUUCUCCAAUAAGGCAACCAGCUUGUGCAAUGGUGGCUAUCCGACCUGAACCGAAAUCCUUAUCCAGAGAGAGAUAUCGAGUGGUUGUGCCAUACCCGCCUCAAAGUGAAGCAGAAAUUGAGUUGAAAGAAGGAGACAUUGUUUUUGUUCACAAGAAGCGAGAAGAUGGCUGGUAUAAAGGCACAUUACAGAGAAAUGGAAGGACAGGGCUUUUUCCUGGAAGCUUUGUAGAAAGUUUCUGAAGCAUUCAAUGAUUGUUUUAUAUUGAAAAGCAUCUGUGUAAUUAUGUGGAAAAUAAAUAGUGGAUUAUGAUGUCCAUGGCACAAAAGAAUAAGCACAAGACAUCAAAAUAUAAGGAAGCCCGAUAAAUAUGAGUUGUCAUUUUGACUUCGAAAGAUACCAUUGGACCCCUUUAGCUUAAAAUGUAAAAGAAGAUCUUGAGUUUGAUGUCCUUCAUUGAUAAAUCGUUGAUUUGAACAUUCAGUGAUAUGUUGGAGUAGUGCCUUCCACUUGGAACCACAAUUUGAGAAGAUGUACAUUUUAAUCUUGUUUGAUCAUUGUGAUGUAUAGAAUAUAAAUGAAAUUACUUUAAAGUGAAUCUUUUAUUAUAUGCUAACUUAUUUGUAUACACUGCAGUGUUCUUAUUACUUGCCUAUGCAAGAGAAUUAAGCAACGUAGAAGGGCCAGCAGGCAUCAAACAUUAACCAAUCAACUGAAGUAGUGGAAAACAUGAAGUGACCAACAACUGGUUUUAUCCACAGUUACUCUAUAAUAGGAAUAUAUGCACAAUGAAGGGCACAAGUUUGUAGCGAUCAAAAAAUAUAUUUUACCAAUCUAUUAAAUACUGGUCUUUCUUUUAUCACUAUAGUGAUGGUUUGAAUAUGAUUGUUAAAAUGUAUGUUUACAUGUUGCUUUAAAAUGUUCAUUUUUGAACAUUUAUGGCUACUUUGAAAUUAUUGUGUUACAUUUUAAACUUUUUUCUUAGUUAUCAAUUAUUUUGCUGAGAAAUGUUUACACGUAUAUAGAAAUGGCCACAUUUUACCCACAGUGCAUCAGAAAAGACACACAAAACACAAAGACAUUUGUGAAAAGGCACAACAGUGGGGUCAAAGAACAAUUGUACUUGUAGUGUUGUUUUCCGUUGGGUAAACCCCCAGCUCUCUCAGUGCAGUCCACCUAGUCAAACCUUUCACUUCAUGUGUGGCCCUGUUUGUUACUAUACAGUCAUGGAAAGGAAAACAUCUUGGCUGGAUCCUCUUCACACUGCGUUCCACAGCCUUUGAUUUCCUUUGGAUUAACCAUACCCAUGGUGGCCUCCAGCAUUCAUACAAAAAGGACCUGGCAGAGAUGUUUUCCCUUUUAAAGGCUGUGUGGGACCAGCAGAACCACACCAUGAAGAUCAUGCACUCAGAGAAGGCAGUCUGCUGUCAAAGGGGUACUUGAAGGACAACUGUACUAAAAGCAAAAACAACCUUUUAAACAUUAGUAUCUAUUGGUAGUUUAUGAUCUUUAUUCAAAUCUUCCAUAUUUCAGAUUCAUAUAUUUAUCUAUAUAUUAUUUGUUUACGAAGAUGGUUAUCUGGAAUAAGUUCUGUUAUAUACCUGAAAUAAAACAUGUACUAGUAAAAAGAACACUGCACGUCCCUAUGUGGAAAACAUUUGUGUACAGAUUGUAAAGUUGUGUCGGAGUAUUGUCCUUGUCAUUUUCUAGUAUGAAUUCUGAAGUGGUAUUGAAAAAAUUGGAUACCUGGCUAUAGGUCUACAUUCACUUAAUGCCAGUAUACAGAAAAGACCAGCAAAAAAACAAAAACAAAAUACAUAUGCUUCUUGGGACAUUUGAGUGCAAUAAUUUUGAAAAGACUAAUCAUUAGUAACUAAUAAAAUUAAAAUGAAGCAGUGCGAUUUAUUAAAGAUGUCCUUACAAUGGAGAUGUCACAAUUAAAAUGGCAAGCGGUAAAGGAUCUGUUUGUGCAUGGCUGGAUCGUUGCACCGCUGAGAUCCUUAUUUCCCAUAUUCAACCAACAUUCAGAAGUGUUGCAAACAUGGCAUGAUAGUAAUCAUUCCCUUUUCUGUGGAAUAAAAGUAACAAUUGCUGAAUGACCUCAUAUUCCACCAUAUUGAAUAUUCUUUUGUGCAAUAAUAACCACUCGCUAAUUCUCAUUAAACCUUAUGUGCCCAGCUCUCACAAAUGAUGCCAGAUUUGAUCUAAAUACUUGGAAGCCUAAAAACAGAACAUAUAGGUCUUUGAUUACACUUUAUCUUCAAUGUUGAGCCAAAAGCAAUGUAACCUUAGAAGUGUCAAAGUAAUGUAUAAGGCAAGGUGCACUGAAAUGUGACUUCCCAAAAUUGGUUUUAGUCACCUUUUCAUUUUUCAAAUCCUGCAGGGAUCCUAGAUGAUCAUAAUGGUCUUGAAAUGGCUAUAAUUAAAGAAAUGUUGUAAUGUGCUCCCUAUGCCAUUUCCCUAGGACCAUUAGGAGAAAGAUCCAGACAGCAUGACAUCACCGUUCGACAUAUUAAUACAUCACCAGGGUUCAUUUACCAAAGGAAAUUUUCACUUUGCAAGGUAUUUUUUCCUUAGCUCAGUGAAUGUGGUGAACUUUCACUUUGCAAAGAAUACCCAAUCAUUUAGCUCCCUCCUCUCGUUUAGUAAACUUGACAAAAUUGGUUUUCUAUAGACUCCAAUCUCAACUCCCUAAUUCUGCUGUAGGUAUUUGUGAAACUACUGUAAGUAAUGUCAAAUUGAUCAAUCAAGUUUAACCAGCAAAAUGUACUACAUUAAAGUUGAUCAGUCAAAUUAGUACUCCUAAACUAAACCUUAUGCAAAACCUGCUUGUUAAUUUAUAAAGUCUAUAUGCUCUGCAGCUUCCCUGAGUAGGCCUGGUCCUCUGGUUAGGUGUUGGUGUAAACUUUAUCAUGGACUAGAAUUAUCUAAUGUAGUCUAGAGAAAGUCUCUUUCCAAAAUUAUUUACCAAUGGUUGCAACUGAGACUUCUGCUGUUAAUAUAAUUUUGGAAGCAGGUUUUAAGUUUUAUAAAGUAUAUUUUUGCUAACCAGUAAAACUGAGAGUUUGGAAAUGUUUGUUUGUUUUGUGUGACAAAGGUGGCACAUAAUUUUUAAAUCAUCAAAUCCAUUUUUAUGGCUUAGAAUAAUGGUAGCUUAAAAUAUUACUUUGAACCCCAUAAUUUGGGUAGGUGGUUAACUUGCACAAAAUGAGGGGUAUUUUACUACUUUAAAAGGGACACUUUAACUUGUUAUGUUUUAUUCCUUUAAGUCUAGAGUGUAUAUAUAGUAAAUGUCCUAAAAAAUGGGACACUCAAUGAUUUCUCAGUUGUAUUUGUUUCAAAUUGUUUUUAUUUUUGCAGAGAUUCUGUGUCAUAGUAAACAUGGUGAGGAAAUGUCAGUUCUCUAGUGUCCCUUUGAAGUUAACUGUUUACCUCCAAUGCAUGGAAAUUAUGAAAUCAUUAGACCAUGAAUGUGAUACUUGUGGGUUGGAGGGUUUAACUUAUAAUGCAAACAGUUUUAGACAGGAGACCCAUAUCAUGCUGUUUGCACACAGUAACAUUGUUCUAAUUCUAGUACCAUCAAUAUGGAAAACACUUUGAGAAAUGCAUUUGCUUUUCAGCAGAAAAUUGACCUUUACAAAUUAAUUCUGGCAAUAUAAUAAAUGACCAUGUUAUUCAAUUAUAAACUAUGGUGUGACUAUU